AUGUAUGGGGGGGUCGGCAUCAUGACGCCCAAGGGCUCCGGCACCAACGGCUAUGUGCAGCGGAAUUUGUCCUUCCUGCCCCGUCAGCGUCUGGACUUCAAGGCGCAGAUGGGCCAGAGCUUCAAGAGCAUGACCGGGGACGGGGCCAUCAAGGUGCGCAAGGCCAACAAUGAGCUCCUGAUCCACGAGCAGAAGCGGAAGGUGGAGAACGAGCUGCUCAAGUUAGAGGACGAGCUUUUGGCCGCUGGCAUGCCCGACGACGAAGUACAGGCUGCAGUGAACAGAGAGCGGAAGCACAUGCUCAAGGCCGUGGAUGACGGAGCCCUGCGGUACCACUCAGAGCUGGAAAAGGCGUCCUCCCACCAGCAGGCGCUGGAGAAGGAGAAGGAGCUUCUGAAGUUCGAGAAGGCGGUGGGCAUCGACACCCGGAGCCGGGUGGUGGGGGCCUGCUUCGACCAGGAGCUGCAGGCGCAGCUGAAGCUGGAGCGAAUGCAGCAGAAGGCGGAGCAGGAGCAGAUGCGGCUGGAGGCCCAAAAGAAGGCCGAGAAGGCGCAGAAGAAGGCCGAGGAGCUCCGGAAGAAGGCGGAGAAGGCCAAGAAGAAGGCGGAGGCGAAGCUGGCGAAGCUGAAGGCGAAGCAGGAGAAGCAGCGUGUGAAGGAGGAGGAGAAGGCUGCCAAGCUGAAGGAAGAGCUUGAGGCUGUCAAGGACGAAGAAGAGCCGGAGCCUCCAAAGAAGCUCAACCUGAGGGCGAAGAAGGAGCCAGAGGAGCCGGAGCCCAAAGACAAGAGGCACGGCCGGGCGCAAGGGCGCGGAGGUGAUGAGAGAGAAGAGCGCCGCGAUCGUGGCCGGCCCCAAGAGAGGGACAAGGGCAAAAAGGGCAAGGACGAUAGCGACAGCGAUUCGGACAGCGAUAGCAGCAGCGAUAGCAGCGACAGCAGCGACAGCGAGUCCGGCAAGAAGAAGAAGAAGGAGCCGAAGGAGAAGGCGCCCAAGGAGAAGCGGAAGGAGCCGGAGCCGGAGAGGAAGGAGCCGGAGCGAAGGGAGACCCGGCGGGACAGAUAUAGCCCCGAGCGGUACAGGCAGCGUAGCGAGAGCCCAAAGCGGCGCAGCCCUAGCCCCAAGCGGCGCAGCCCUAGCCCCAAGCGGCGCAGCCCUAGCCCCAAGCGGCGCAGCCCUAGCCCCAAGCAGCGGCGCAGCCCUAGCCCCAAGCGGCGCCCCAGCCCUCGCCGUAGCCCUACGCCGCGCCGCGACAGACCUAGCCCGCGCCGGCGAGCCAGAGCGGACAGUGAGAGCUCGGCGCCGC